CGUCGGCAUCCUUCUUACCACCUCCUGGCAGCGCCGGGCAGCCCUCUAUCCAUGUGGGCUGGAGCACCUGGGCCUCUGAGCGGGUGAUUCUCAGGCUGGGCAGCAAAGCACCAGGAAAUGGACAUAUCCUGUUGUGCGCCGCGGCACGUGAAAAGUUGCUACCUUCCAGGGAUUGUAUGGCCUGGCGGAGGGGGAAAAGAGAACACUGCAAGACUCUCUCCACCAGUGAUGACGUUGAAGACCGAGAGAAUGAGAAGGGCCGUUUGGAAGAAGCUUAUGAGAAGUGUGACCGGGGCUUGGAUGAGCUUAUUGUUCAGCACUACACGGAGCUCACCACAGCUAUCCGCACAUACCAGAGCAUCACGGAGAGAAUCACCAACUCACGCAACAAGAUCAAGCAGGUGAAGGAGAAUCUCCUGUCAUGCAAGAUGCUACUGCACUGCAAGCGAGAUGAGCUACGCAAGUUGUGGAUAGAAGGAAUUGAGCACAAGCAUGUCCUGAAUUUGCUGGACGAGAUUGAGAACAUCAAGCAAGUGCCCCAGAAACUGGAACAGAGCAUGGCCAGCAAGCACUACCUCAGUGCAACUGACAUGUUGGUAUCAGCAGUGGAUUCGUUAGAGGGUCCUCUUCUUCAGGUGGAGGGCCUGAGUGAUCUGAGGUUAGAGCUUCACAGUAAGAAGAUGAACUUGCACUUAGUCCUAAUAGAUGAACUGCACCGUCAUCUGUACAUCAAAUCUACUAACCGCGUGGGACAACAGAACAAAGAGAAAGGGAAAAGUUCACUUGUGAAGGAUGCUUCUCCCAUGCCACUUAUUGAUGUGACUAACUUGCCUACGCCUCGGAAGUUCCUUGACACCUCCCAGUUCAGCACUCCUGGGAGCACUAGCGUGCGAGAAAUGAGCGUGCUAGAAAUGAAAGAAGACACAGAGCUGGAUCCAGAGGAGAACAGUACCAUCUUCAUGGGGAUCCUCAUCAAAGGGCUGGCCAAACUGAAAAAAAUCCCUGAGACCGUGAAAGCUAUCCAGGAUCGUCUGGAGCAGGAGCUCAAGCAGAUUGUCAAAAGAUCCACCACACAGGUGGCAGACAAUGGCUACCAGAGAGGAGAGAGCCUUUCCCAGGAGAACCAGCCGAGGUUACUUUUGGAGUUGCUUGAACUUCUCUUUGACAAAUUCAACGCUGUGGCGGCUGCACAUGCUGUGGUGCUGGGACAUCUUCAGCAGACUGUGGCCUCUCCAUCCAGCCUAUAUGAUGGUGAUAUCAAACUGUAUGACAUGGCAGAUGUGUGGGUGAAGAUCCAGGAUGUCUUGCAGAUGCUGCUGACAGAAUACUUGGAUAUGAAGAACACUCGGACUGCCUCAGAGCCAUCAGCCCAACUUAGCUAUGCCAGCUCUGGGAGGGAAUUUGCCGCUUUCUUUGCAAAGAAGAAACCUCAAAGACCUAAAAACCCUCUGUUCAAGUUCGAGUCAUCCUCCCAUGCUAUUAGCAUGAGUGCCUAUUUGCGUGAGCAGAGACGGGAGCUCUACAGCAGGAGUGGAGAACUUCAAGGAGGUCCUGAUGAUAGCUUAAUCGAAGGCGGUGGAUCAAAGUUUGUCUGCAAACCAAGCGCAAGAAAUAUCACUGUCAUCUUCCAUCCAUUACUCAGAUUUAUUCAGGAGAUUGAGCAUGCCCUGGGUCUUGGCCCAACCAAACAGUGUCCGCUCCGGGAAUUCCUCACCAUGUACAUCAAGAACAUCUUCCUUAACCAAGUCCUAGCGGAGAUCAACAAAGAGAUAGAAGGCGUCACCAAGGCGUCCGACCCCCUGAAGAUAUUGGCCAAUGCAGACACCAUGAAGAUGCUAGGAGUACAACGGCCUCUUCUGCAGAGCACGGUAAUUGUGGAGAAGACCGUACAGGACCUUAUGAACCUGAUGCAUGACCUGAGUGCUUACUCCGAUCAGUUCCUCAACAUGGUGUGUGUGAAGCUUCAGGACUACAAGGAAACCUGCAUUGCUGCCUACAGGAGCAUUGCUCAGUCUGAUGAAAAGCUGGUUAUCAGUGCAUCCUGGGCUAAAGAUGAUGACAUCACCAGGCUGUUGAAGUCUUUGCCCAACUGGGUCAACAUGGCUCAACCCAAGCAACUGAGGCCAAAGAGAGAGGAAGAGGAAGACUUUAUAAGGGCUGCCUUCGGCAAAGAGUCAGAAGUUCUCAUUGGGAACCUGGGAGAUAAACUAAUCCCGCAGCAGGAGAUCCUACGUGAUGUCAGUGACCUGAAGGCCUUGGCCAACAUGCAUGAAAGCCUGGAAUGGUUAGCUGGUCGCACAAAGGCAGCCUUCUCCAACCUUCCCACAGCCCAGACACCAUCGCCCAGUCAGGACAGCCAUGCGAAUACGGAGCUCCCACCGGUGUCGGAACAGAUCAUGCAAACGCUGAGUGACCUGGCCAAGACCUUCCAAGAGAUGGCUGACCGCUGCUUGUUGGUUCUGCAUCUGGAAGUCAGAGUUCAUUGCUUCCAUUAUCUCAUCCCCCUGGCUAAACAAGGCAAUUAUGCCAUCGUGGCCAACGUGGAAAGUAUGGAUUACGACCCCCUGGUGGUGCGGCUAAAUAAGGACAUCAGUGCCAUCGAAGAAGCUAUGAGUGCCAGCCUCCAGCAGCACAAGUUCCAGUACAUCUUUGAAGGCUUGGGCCAUUUGAUUUCCUGUAUUCUCAUCAACGGCGCCCAGUACUUCAAGCGCAUCAGUGAAUCUGGCAUCAAGAAAAUGUGUCGAAACAUCUUUAUCCUCCAGCAGAACCUGACCAAUAUCACCAUGUCGCGUGAGGCCGACCUGGACUUUGCAAGGCAAUACUACGAGAUGCUGUAUAACACGGCGGACGAGCUCUUAAACCUGGUGGUGGAUCAAGGGGUGAAGUACACAGAGCUGGAGUACAUCUACGCCCUGAGCUUGCUGCACCGUAGCCAGACGGGCGUCGGGGACCAGACGACCCAGAACAUGAGGCUGCAGCGCCUGAAGGAGAUCAUCUGCGAGCAGGCGGCCAUCAAACAGGCCAGCAAGGACAAGAAAAUCACUACGGUGUGAUCCGGACCUGUUUCCAGGAAUCCGAGCCGCAUGGGCCGCUGCCCUUGCAGUGCCAUAUAUAGUAAUGAUUGAUCAAACCUGUAUGUUAUGGGCAGGAUUGUACUGUCCUGCCAGCCAGGGAACAUGCAGCCUGAGAUCUGGGUUUGGGGUUUGUUUGUUUUUUACACUUAAUCAUGCCAAGCUUCCCUAAUGUAUUACCCUGAGAGCACUUGCACUGAUCUGCUGAAAUUUGGGCAGGGUGGAGUUGUGGGAACAGAGGUGCAAAUAAAUAUUGGACCAUCUCUGUGGAACUACUGCCACGGUGUCCGGACUUUGGAAGGGGGUACCCAGCUUGGGGGGGGCACAAUUAAUGGCGAGAUUCACUCUUUGUUAGUCUGACCCUAUAAAUGGAAGUUCAGUCAUCGUGAAUGGAAACCGCGCUAUGACCGUCAAAGGCAGAGCUAGGUUGAAAUUAGUGAAAUCGUGAUGGUCCUGAAGUUGUCCCAAAGUUUUGCCGCAGGGGAAGUUGAUGUGAGCUCUGCCAACACGAUUGCUCUUCUCUGCGAUACGUUGGCACAUUGAUUUUUUUUUCCUGUUUUUCCAUUACAAAGAGAACUGGUGGCUAGCUCCCGACUGGCGGAACUUAGCUUUCAUUUUGGACGGUGUUGAGCCAAUUCAUGUGUCAUUAGAGGCAACACACUGGGUCAGCGGUUUCAAUUGCCACUGUACCUGUGCCUCCGAGCAAUGAAUCAUCAGUUUCCAGGGCUCAUCCUGUUCCAGAUAAUGGUGGAAGUAGGCGGAAAUUGCCAACUUUUCAGCAGGCAGGGAAACUUCUUCAGAGAAUGAAUUUUCCUUUUCGUAAAUAUCAUUUGAGUCAUUCAUCAACUUGAAAGUUCCCCCUGAUUCACAUCAGAGGUGCUGCUGCAGACGUGUAGGCUUACGCAACUCAACAACAAUGAGCAGAAAAGGGAGGAGGAGGUAGGUUGAGGACCCACCAGUUUGAGAUGAGUUUCUGGAGCACCAUGCAAAUGCCAAGCAGCCAUUUUUCCUGCCACCAUUCUCUACUUUCACCCAUGCUGGGCAAGGGUCCUGAUGGGUCAGGGCGGAUGGCUUUAUUCCAGUCGUUAAUACAAAGCGUGUAUUGUAUUCAUAUUUUAGAGAGGGCAGUUGCCAUUCAAGGUUUGGUAUCAUGCCCUGAACUAUAUUCUCUGUCUUGCAAAACUGCUUGAGCGGCACUAUCUUGAAAAAACAGCCACAUUAAAGGGUGUUUU